CUUGAAUUUCUUGAUUGUUAUGACUUGUAAGUCGUUAGCUCAGAUGAUAGAGCACCACAUAUUUGUCGUAAAAACCGGUUUGACUCCGAUAGCAGCUUCCUAUGGAGAUCUCUUCUUCACACGGUUAAAGUCUCAUUUUGAAGUAAAUCCAAGAGACUUGGAUCUGUUGAAACAUGACAAGCUUCUAAGUAAGACUGCGCCUGAAACGCAUCUAAAGGAAAUUCCUGAGUAUUUAGUGGACCCAAAGACUCAAGAGACGUGCAUAUAAGUUAUUCUUCUUGGACCUAGGUGUGUGUAUGGUCUAUACUUGCAUAUUGCAGAGUGUUUCUUUACCUCAUAUGGAGGCUUGAGAAGCUGAGUAUCCAUUGAAUGAGUUAAAGCUUGGACUGAGGGGACAGUUCAGAUCAGGCGUGCGGGUGUGCCUUUCAAGGUGAAUUCCGAGACUAAGAAAGAAGGUGCAAUGCCUAGAUUCUGCAGCGUCCAGAAUUGGUCUCAGAAAUUCUAAGAGGCGACAUAUGAUUUUAGCUGAGUUUUUGUUCUUACAUUGUUGGACUAUUUGGCUGUGUUUCAAAGAUUUAAA